AUGGCGAGCCAGCAGCCCAGAAGUGAAGCAUGCUCAGCCACGGAGAUGGACGCUGUGGAAGUGGAGCGGCGGCGCAAGCAGCGCGACCUCAAGCGGAAGUCCCGCGAGCGUAAAAAGGUAAACACGUUCUGGUCAUUAAAUCUUUUAGAGCUGCAAACAACCGCACAAGCGCUUGAACUUGAGUAUAAGCAUCUUUUCGCCGCGAAGCUCAUGAGAGACCAGCAGCAGUUGGACGUGAGCGCGGCAAUGAAGCGCGAGCCAAACGCAGCGGACAUCGAGCAGUCUCGACUGGUAGAGCUGCAGGAAAAAUACAAGGCCGUGCGGCAGGAGAUGCACGAGCUGCGAGAACAGAUGAGUGGCUUUAAGCAAAAACUCGAAGAGUACGAGCGCUUUAUCGCGAUGCUAGACGGUCAUCUUAUGGGGUUCCAAGAUACCCAAGAACGGCAAGAAGAGCCGGCCACUUGA